GUGAGUGGUGGAAUGAAAAAUGAUGGACGUCGAGGAGAAUAAUACAGCAUCCACUGCUAGCUCGUCACCGAGACCCUCGAGUCCUGCUGCCGAUUCAACUUUCAUCAGUGUGAAAAGAGAGCCAAGUACUGAGGAGCCGAGUAGUCCCCUGGAGGCCAAUAGCCCUGGCUCGAUUCUCCGCAACAACGAGCAACAUUACGCAGCAGCAGACUCCAACAGUUCGACUCCAGCCAAGAGUUUUGUACCUUGUAAGGUGUGCGGUGACAAGGCGAGCGGUUUUCAUUACGGUGUUACCAGCUGUGAGGGCUGCAAGGGUUUUUUUCGACGAAGCAUUCAAAAGCAGAUAGAGUACAGGUGUUUGCGGGACGGCAAGUGUCUCGUGAUAAGAAUGAACCGAAAUCGUUGUCAAUACUGCAGAUUCAGAAAGUGCCUAGCCGUUGGCAUGUCACGUGACUCUGUGCGGUACGGGCGUGUGCCAAAGCGUUCACGAGAGCGCGGCCCCGAGGACUCAGUGGCCACGACAUCGCCAACAACGACAACAACAACAGUUACGGGUGGAAAUCAACAAAUAUCAUCGGCAGUCAACAACAACAACAAUAACAAUAUAAAUAACAAUAAUAAUACGACAGCUAGCAACAAUAAUGUAACGAAUAACGGCAGUACUAAUAGUAAUCAGCCGCAGAGUGUGAUACCCCGGGUACCAUCGGCGACAGUUGUCGAGGCGGAUCAGUCCGAUGGUGAUAGCAAGCAAUUGGCGGUUUACGAUGUCAUUCUUCAGGUGUCACAGGCACAUCAUGCACACUGUGGCUUCACUGAUGAGUCGACGAGGGGACUCAUCAAAAAGCCAAUGAUCAUGCCUCCUGCAAGCCCCGAAGAUCCUGAGGCGGCUUCAUCAACGGCCGAAGCUGUUGAGUCCCAGAGGAUUUGGCUGUGGCAACAAUUUGCCACUCGCGUCACUCCCUCUGUUCAGAGAGUCGUUGAAUUCGCCAAGAGAGUACCUGGUUUCUGUGAAUUGACCCAAGACGACCAACUUAUACUCAUUAAAGUUGGCUUCUUCGAGGUCUGGCUAUGUCACAUAUCCAAGAUGACUAAUGACAGUUCAAUGACCUUCGAGGAUGGCACUUACAUCACUAAACAGCAGAUUGAACUCAUGUAUGAGCCGGAUUUCGUUGCUGCCCUGAUGCAAUUCACAUCAGCCCUGAAUGCCCACCAGCUGUCAGACGCAGAGCUGGGUCUCUUCUCCGGGGCUGUUCUCCUCAGUGAGAGACCCGGACUGAACGAUGUUAAAGCUGUGCAGAGGCUCCAGGAUCGUCUCCUCGAGGCCCUGAGGAUCCAGGGUGGGAGAAAUCACUCGUCCGAUAUAUCUGCCGUUGGUUGCCCUGGGGUCAUUGGAAUUGCCCAGAGGAUACCCGAACUACGUGCCCUCGGCUCGAGACACGCUAAUUUACUCGACUGGUUCAGGAGAAAUUGGACAAAGCUCAAAUUACCACCUCUCUUCGCUGAAAUUUUCGACAUUCCCAAGUGCGAGGAGGAUUUGCAAUGAACCGAUACUUGGAAGAAUUUUACAAGGCCUGAAACGUGAAUCGCCUGCCCAAACCACGACAAAUCCUCAGCGAGGACAGCGCAAACAGCAAGCGAAAUUUGUAUAACACAUAUCGGACUUGGAACACGAUCCGUUCAACCCCUAAAUAAUAAAAAAAGUUCUUGCCCGCACAAAGUGAUAUCAGAAAAAAAACAAACCAGAGAGCAUUCGCAUGAGACAUGGAACAAAUACUCAUCCCAAUACUCGAGAUAACCAUCUCCAUACAGCGAAAAAAAUUGGAGAGCGAUCGUCGAGAGGAAAUAUUCAAUGAAUCUAUCAAGGAGAUUGAGGAGUUCAGUACCUAUAUACUCGAUAAAAAAUAAGUAGCCACCGGCGUCUGGAGGAGCAGCGCGAGGUAAUCUAGAGAAUAUUUGAAACCAUUAAAAAAAAAAGUUAAAUCGUCGAGACCUAUUUGAGGAAUUAAAAAAUCUCUUCGUGGGCGUGACUCCUUAGGUGCAUGCGCUAAGUAUCUCUGCAAUCUAUUUUUAUUACUUGAAUCUAGACUAGUAAAAUGAAUUGAAAUGAAUUUAUC